UUCGAUCUAAACUAACAGUAACUAACUUAGGUGAUAUUUUUCAUACAGAAAGUGAAUUCUGCAAAAAAAACCUCAUCUAGGUAAAUUUAUGCAAAAUAAUAACAUCUAAUUGACAAUAAUAAAUAAAAAUUAGUUAAAUAAAAACUAGCAGUAAUGAAAGUGUUUAUUGUGUUGGUUGUAUGUUGUUUAAGUUGCAGCAUCGUGUUAGCUUUACCGCAGGAGAACAUAAAAGACGAAAAUGAAAUUACAGCAGCAAAAUCAAAACGAACUUUGAGUAUACCUAUAGCUGGACAGGCGUUGCAAUCAACCGCCCAAGUUUUAAACCAUCCUAUAGUGGCGGCUGCUUUGCAGAAGAUUUCCAUGAACGCGUUACAAACCGUUGCCUCGGCUUUGAAUCAAGUUCAUCAAGAGGAAUUAGCAAGGAAGUCAGAAGUUGAAAAAACCUUAGAUCAAAUGGCGUCUCUUCGAGCUGUUACUGAAAAUAACAAAAUGCCAAUGCUGCAAGAUGACAAUGGAUCAGGGGAAGUUGAGGAUUUGUCAGGAUCAGGAGCUGAGUCAGGUGACGGAGAAGUUACCGCGGUAGAGCCACCAAAAGCACCUGUAGAAGAACAAAAGAAAAAAGAGGUCGUGGUUCCAACGAACACAACAACCUCACAUCACCAUCAUCAUCACCAUCACCAUCACCACCGACAUCAUCGUCAUCAUGCGAAAAAAAGCGAAAAGAAAACUGUAAACAACACGAGCGAAAUGGAAGGCAUUGAUUGGUCCGCUAUCAAGAACAACACAAAAGUUGUCGGUAGAAUAGCUCAAGAAGCUAAUAUUCCUGUCAAGAAGCUGUUAGCCAUUUUUAAGAGUGGUGCAAGCAGGUCUGAUAUCGCCAAACAAACUGAAGAGUUACUUAACCGCACGAUUGAAAGUCAGGCGGAUUUAGCGCAGUUGUUUGAAAACGAAGAAGAAGAAUCAGAAGAGAAGAAACACAGCAAGAAGAAAAAAGAAACAGCUUUGGCAAGUAAAGAAAAAAAGGGGACAGAAGCAGUUGCGAAGAACAAAACUAGUCAUGCAGAUUAUGAAGUGCCGAAAAAUAUUCCUCCAAAUUGUGGUAAACUAGUGAAGCAAUACACAGACGGUGAAUUGACGCUUAAAGAUUAUUUAAAAGAACUCAAGAUCUGCAAGAAAAACGAAGAAGUUAGCCAACAGUUAGCAAACACCACUCCUAUGCAAAGAGAGGCUGUUGCAACUCAGAAUGUAAUUCAACAAGAAGCAUAUAAUUAUGCUUUAACAUCAAUGAAGUCCUUCAAACCCACAGCAAAAGAACAAGCCAAUGCGGUCAUUGCACGCUGGAGAAGCAACAGCUUUGGUGAAAAACCAGUUACUAAAGGCAAACCUGCCGGAAUACCCGAUGCAGUUAAAUCAUUUAUGAACAUACAAACUCCAAAAACUGGUAAAAUAGAAGAAGGAAAAACUGCUGCAGAAAAAAACACUGAAAAUACAGAAGUAGCAAAAUCUAACUUAGCCAAUACAGCUACAGGUAAUACUGUUGGUUCACUUAUUAGUCCCGCAAAUGGAGAUACCGGAUCUUCGGAGAAUAAAGAAGCUAAUAAUGGAAAAGCGGUUAAGGAACAGGAAAGUGCAUCGUUUACGAGUCAACUAGCAGUUAAAAAGAGUACAAUCCCUGAAGCACCUGUUGUGCAAAACGCAAACCAACCAAGCUUUAUGAGCAAGUUAAAUAUGCUAUCUGGUGACACUCGCGCCUUUAUUGAACAAACCAAUCAGGCUUCUCAGCUUUUUGGUGCAUUUCCCCAACAUGAGAAUGUCGCCACUGCACCAGUUGCAGCAAGCGCUGCUGAAAGUCAAUCAACUCCAGUAAUGAAGGAAACGACUAGAUCAGAUAUUCUGAGUAAUCCAACGUUUACCUUAAAUAACCAUGUGCCCCAGCCUGCAUUUGUUACACCAACUGAAACUGCAUCAGAAUCCGAAAAUCCCCUCAGCAACAUGCCGCCAGCGGUUAAUGCAGUCUCGACAGAAAAUAUUGUUGCAAAAUCCGAUAUACCAAUCCCGGUUCAGAAACCAGACGAAAUUUUAAAGAAAGAAAUGAUUACAUCUCCAAAAAAGACAUUACUCGUCACUGCUCCUGGUCAACCAAAUGGCGUUACUCCUGUUACUACUUCACUUGCUGAUGCCGUUCUAGCAACCAAAUCAAUUGUACCAACUAUAACAGAUGCUAUGUCAACUAACACACUUCAAGAUGGCUCAAACGCAAAACAAAUCCCCGAUAUAAGCUUACUGAACGGGCAAGAAUAUGCGCAAGAGACUUUCCUAGCUAGCUUAGCAAACCCAGCUUUGCAAGAAAUUCCUGUAGACACGUCUUUAGUCGCUGCCUUGCAAAGUUUGAAUGGAUAUGGAUCUACCAUAGUAAACGAUCCAAAGUCAAAUCUCCUUAUGGCAAGCCUACAGAAGCGUCAUAUCAAGGAAAAAAGACAUGUAAAAAGAGAGACGGACGAAUCUGUGAUAACAAAAAAACAUAAAAAACGACAUUUAAAUUUGCUAAGACAUGGCAAAAGAGACACUAGCGACAAAAUAAAGAGUGCCAAGCCUAUUGAAAGAAGCAAAAUGAGUUUGCCAUUAAUAAACAGUCAACGCGGUCCAAAAUUAAUGGACAAAAUAAGGGAUAUGAGCAGAGUCAUCGCUACUCCCUAAAAGUUUAUUUAUCUAUAAAGUCUAAAUUAUGCAUAUUUGUAGAUAAUGACAUGAACAUUUCCAUUAAGCUGAGGCACAGAAGCAACAUUAUUUGGAUUCAAUUACGAAUAAAAAAAAUUGAGCGUUGGUGAAAGGUAUAAAAACAGAUAAAAGAAAGAAAACUGAGUAAGUUGCAUUGAGCUAGAAACUAACCUCCUAAACCAAGGAAGAUAAAAACCUAAAAAGAAAAGGGUAUAAAACGAUAAUGAAAAAAUGGUGAAUUGAUAAAAAUGCGAAUUCUCUAAAGCUGGUAUGGAAUGAGAAGAGAAUUAUUUGUUUAAAUAUACUAUAGAGAAGUGCAAACAAACACAUAAAACUUAUAUGUGAAAUGCUAUUCUACAAAUUUUAAGUAAUAAUUAUUUAUUGUUAAAUUUAUUAAUGUCUAUUGAUUUUAUUCUUUUUAUAUAAAGCUUUUUACUUUAUGUUAGCUAUUACAUAGAUAUUGUUAUAAAAUAUUUGACCUCUAAAAACGAGUUGUUUAUGAUCGGUUGUAGUAAUGUUGUAGAACUUUAUUUUUGUAAUUUUCUUCUAUUAUAGAAUGA